AUGAAGCACACCAACCGUACUCCAGGUGAGCUGCAUACCCAACCCUUACCUAGAUUUCAGCCCAGUCCUCAUCAUGCCUACUACAGUCAUCAGCCUAUUUGCUGGCACACUGUGUGCAUGCAUUGCAUUCCUCUGCGACCUCAGCGCACUUACUUACUCCAGCUGCUGCAGGCGCCCUAUCAGCUAGAAAGGCAACAGUAUUUACUGACAGUAGUCAAGGCACUGACAACGACAGUGCCGUUUCCUGUACAUAUAGCUUGCGCGGCGUUCGACCGAAGCAAUAAUCAACAUACAUGCAGUCUCGGGGCACAUUCAGAACGCUGAUGGUGCUAAUGAUGAAGGAUUUGUUGUUGUAGUUGUUAAUGAUGAUAAUGAUGAUGAUGUUUAUGGUGUUGGUGGUGUUGGUGGUGGUGUUGGUGGUGAUGAUGAUGAUGAUGAUGAUGUUGUUGAUGAUGAUGAUGAUGCAAAUGCUGAUGAUGAUGCUGCUGCUGCUGAUGAUGAUGAUGAUGAUGAUGAUGAUGAUGAUGAUGAUGAUGAUGAUGAUGAUGAUGAUGAUGAUGAUGAUGAUGAUGAUGAUGAUGAUGAUGAUGAUGAUGAUGAUGAUGAUGAUGAUGAUGAUGAUGAUGAUGAUGAUGAUGAUGACUAUGAUAUUUGUCAAAUGUUCUGUAAGCGUGUGCUAUAUCAGUAUCAGCAAAUCAUGAAACUCGCAGUAUGGUAUUGUUUGGGCGUUUCCUGACACCUGGUUCCCUGCUUGUAGUUGCGCUUUCGCUUCCGCUAUGUACACAGGUGGUGCACAUUGCUGCCUACACAUCCUCGUCGCUCUCGCCCCUCUUGGGUUGUGCCUGUUGUUGUUAUUGUUAUUGUCUUUGUUGUUCUAGCUGGCGAAAUAUCCUGGUUAAUUUCUGUGUAGUCCUGCGCGUGUUGUGGCACGUCUAGGUGCGGUUCCGGCCGUGCGAGUAACCUGUGCCCUACUCCCACCGCCGGUCUUAUUGACACCGUCUCCAGGAGGGGGGUGAUCUUAAAAGACAGUGCGGUAGAUGCUGUGCAAGUCCUAUACGCCUACAAACUAACUCACACACAAGUCAUCGUCCCUGCUCCGGCUUGCUGUGAUGCACACGGUGGACAUCGUCCACACCGAUGGUCGAAAUGUCAGUGCUGAUGUUGAUGCCUAUGUCAUUAGGAGAAGCAGGAGCAGGAGCAGGGUCACGAGGAGGUGGAGGAGGAAGAGGAGUAUGAGGAGGAGGAGGAGGAUGAGUAG